UGCAUAGCUCUACUUGUCGACGUAUAUCACAACAAACAUGGAGGGCGUCUUAUGGAAGUGGACCAACUACCUUUCAGGAUGGCAGCCUCGAUGGUUCAUAUUGGACAAUGGUGUUUUGUCCUACUACAAAUCUCAGGAAGAUGUGAACAAUGGUUGUAAAGGCUCCAUAAAGAUGACUGUGUGUGACAUUGUGGUGCACCCAGCAGACAUGACAAGGCUUGACUUGAUCAUCCCUGGGGAACAGCACUACUAUGUCAAGGCCAGCACGCCACAGGACCGACAGUCAUGGCUCAUAGCCCUUGGCAGCUCAAAGGCUUCCUUCAGCGAAACUAGCGCAGCAAGGAAAGACGCUGAUGCUAUGCCUGAUCUUGUGCGGACCAAAAAGUCUGAGCUGAGGUUGUACUGUGACCUGCUCAUGCAGCAAGUUCACUCUGUGAAGGAAGCUGCAAAAGUGACGGACGGAAAAGUGGACACAGAGAAACUGACGGAAUCCACAUCUCUGAUUGGAGCAACGUGUGACACUUUCAUCACCACCUUGGAAGACUGUAUGAAGCUGCUGGCGAACACUCCUAUGUUUGAAUCACCUCAUCAACAUGUCAGGGAUGCUGCCAUCCCACCAUCUCCAACUCGAGCGAAUGCGCAAAGAUUACCGGGAACAAGAUCAACCAUUACAAGGCCCAUUCCAUCAGAAAAAAUGUCUCGAGGCAGACAGACGACCUCUAAUGGCUCCCCGGAUGGUAUCAAAGUUCACUCAUCCUCCUCCUUUAACGGGAUUCCUGUGAACAAAGACACACCACCCCUGAGUCCCUUACCUGUUGGCGUUCAGCAGUCUAGCCAGAACUCAAGCCCCUCCCCCUCCUCCUCCUCUGCCAUGACAUCCAAAGGUAGCUCUGCCCCUUUGCCCGUGGGUGUGACAGCGACGAAUGCCACACCUACCAAAUCGUCGGAAGCACCGCUAUCGUCGGAGGUCUUGUCGUCCUCGAGUGUUGUGAAUGGACUCUCUGCUCCGCCUGAAAAGAGCGGUGAGCUGACUGUGGGAGAUGGUCAAGGCCUGGCCUCCCCGUCUGUUUUGUCCGCUGCAGCUUCGUCCGAAGAUUUGGCCGGGGAAGAUUUCAAAGAUGCCAUAGAUGGAACCAUUUCCACUUUUUUUUCCACCAUGCCCUCAAAUUUUUCUCACAUAGAUACGAGUCAGGCGAGUGGGAUUCUGGUCAACCCCUUUUUAGAUGCAUGUAGAAACUUGGCUCUAAUAUUUGAUAAAUUGAAUGGAACAGCAUUUGCCCCUGUGAAGAUGGACUUCACUGGUAAUAUCAGAAAAAUCAAUCAGAAAUACUCAAGUGACCCGGAGACUUUCACCACCCUCCAGUCCAUGGUGCUGCAGGAAGUCCAGGCCCAGCAACACACACAUUCCAACAGUGCCACCUCCGCUCUACUCUGGUUGAAGAGAAGCCUGGAGUUCAUCCGGGAGUUUCUCCGAGAGUGCAGUUCAGGUAGCACUGACCUGAGUGUGUGUGCUAGCAACGCCUACAGCCGGACGCUGAAGAACUACCAUGGCUGGGUGGUCAGGGGAGUGUUUGCUGUUGCAGUGAAGGCGAUUCCGUACCGUGAAGAUUUCAUCACCCAUCUGGCAGCCGAUGAGUCUGUUGAUGUGACCUCUCGGCAGUUUGAACACGUGCUCAUGUCGGACAUUGAGGAAUUUGUGUCGCACCUCGACCGUGUCUUGUGUGUCAUCAGUGACUUUUACAUAGAGCACAACCUAGACUCGAAAGAUACGGUCUGAUUUACCUAUCCUUGGAUCAUGUGAUAUGGAAGAAAGUAUGGGAAAAUGCAGCAUGAUUGGGACUUUGUUACUUUGCUUUGAUAGAUGGAACGUAAAGAAUAUUUUGUUGUUGUUAGUGUUUUAGCGCCUGUAGAAUGGCAGCUUGCACUGUAUGCUUCACAGGAAGCUGAGAU